CUUGCCAAUAUAAACAAAAAUAUGGAAUUUGACGUUCAGUUUUCCUUUCAGUUUCUACACAUUCAAAAUUUUAAAUCACAAGGAACAUGUCCGUGAAAAAUGGGGCAGUUCCUAGUGAAGACACUAAAACUAUGUUCACCAUAACCCCGUUUUUCCCGGACCCCAAAAAGAAAUUAAAGACGAGGGAAUUUUUAGAGGCUUCUGAGGGGCUGGUUACCAUAAUAGACAAAUUUGGCAAAGUCUUUGCCCCAGUCGUUAAUGAUAUGAAUGGAAACAUAACCAAAUUAAGAACCAAAUACAAUGAAGAUAUUGAACAACAUGAAGAUCUGGAGGACAUGAUUCUCAAGGAUAAAGUGGAGGGUGAUUUGGUGUCUGCUGAUGCUUUGCUAUGGCUCAGAAGGGCCCUGCACUUUAUGGCCAUAUUUUUCCAAUUUGUAAUCAUUGACGCUCAGAGCCAAGUACUGUCCCAAGACUUAACUCCGUUUGUGAAAAAGGCAUAUGCAAGCACGUUGGAGCGACACCACGGGUGGCUUGGAACUCAGUUAUUUAAUGUAUUAUCGAGAUUUGCCCCUACCCGAAAAUCUCUCACUUUCACAUUAGGUCUUGAAAAGAACCAUAAGGAUAAAAUUGUAAUGUGUGAUAUGAUAAGAUACCACGUAAAUUUGGAUGGUUGCGUUAAUAGAUUGAGAGAAUUUUUUGCAGAGCAUCAAUUAGAAAAUAUUUAGUGUGUUGCUUUAUUUUGUUUUAUUUAUUUUUUGUCAGUUAUUAUAAAUAUAUAUUGUUGUUAAAA